AUGCGCCCCAACCUCAACCCCCUCCACACCUCCUUCCACCCUCCCUCCUCAUCUUCUACUCCUCGUCCUCAAGACCAACCCACCACCAACCCCAGCCCAACAACCAGCCCAACCAGUCCCACCACCACCGCCUCAAUCUCCUCGCCCUCACCACCCACCUCUCCCUUCUUCAACAACAACCUCACCACUACUACAACCCACCGACCUCGCCGCCUCCACCACACCUCCACCUCUACCUCAUACGGCCAACACCGCCGCGGCCGUCUCCCCACCCGCGAUCGCCACCCUUACUCCAACAACGCCAACACCAACAGCAACACCCACCCCCCCUCCUCAUCCAGCGCAAGCGCAAGCCCCAGCCCGGGCUCCCCCUUCCGCCUCAGCGCCUGCUCCCUCCUCGGCGUCUCCUCUUCAUCCCCUCGCCCCUCCUCAACCAUCUUCCUCCGUCGACGGCCCUCGCGCACAGAAGUCGCCCUCCGCGAAGAACGAUGGCGCGCCGAGGAAGAUAACAUCGAACGGCUGGGUCUGGAGAUGCUAGAGCCCCGCCCGUCCGGAUCGUAUACAUCGGGUCCGUAUGCGGCGUCUGCGGCACUGGGGAUCGGGGGGUUCGAGGACGCGGAGAUGGGGUUGUGUUCGAGUAUGAGUAUGAGUAUGGAUGGGGCGGUGGAGAUGGAUUCGGCAUCGUUUUGUUCGUCCGGGUUAGGGGUGGGGUUUGGGGGUGGGUUGGGAGUUGGGUAUGGGGGUCAGAGGGUGGUCAUGGAGGGGAUUUUUGAGGUUAUGGAGGAGGGGAGAUGA